AUGAGCAGCAUACAUGGCGGCAACAAGAGGAAUAUCGACUGGCUAACAUUUGGAAAGAAGACCCAAGCCUUUACUCCGAGUCAACUCCUGGAAUACAACGCUGCAGGAAUCGACCCGUAUCUGGUACAGGUUGCUGAACUACUCGGACAACAAAUCAGAAUCGGUCCAGCUGGUCAGCGCAAUCUUGCAAAUGCAUUUGGAAGCCUUCCGCAAUCGGAAUUCUUUGGAGAACACAUAGGAAUUGGCUAUUCGAGCGGUCAUCCCGCUCGAUUGUUGUCGAGUUCUGAUGGCGGGUUCAUCUUUCUAGGAGUCUGUGCAGCCUUGUUAGAGUAUUACUCUGAGGAGGUUACCGCGGGAGUAAUCAUGGACAUGCUGCGGAUUUUUGACAUCCCACCAAAUUUCGCACCAAGUGAUGUGCAGUGGCUAACUCUGGUCCGACUUUGCAAUGGUGUGUUGGCAACUUCACCCUUCGGAUUGUUGAUCACCAGGUCGGGAAGCGCUCUGCCCUUGGAGGGUGCCAAUGCCAAUAUUCGAUUGAUUGUGGAUGGUUUGCUGGCUUUGAGUGACCUUGUCAAAGGUGUUGAGCAAACGAUUUCGCUGUCAGUCGGCGUGGAUGUGUACUGGUUUGCAGCUAUUGCAGAGUACAUCUUCGGGCUCAGCUAUCAUGUUGAGCAUGAAGCUGGUACGACUUUGGCUGCCUCGCUUGGAGUUGAUGUGGCACAUGCACAGGUUUACCUGUCAACAAAACCUCCAUUGUUUCGACGAGACUCUCCAGAUCUACGCCCACUCAUCGAUCUGUACCCGGACACAACCCCAGUGACGGGCGGACGAGUGGGGUGGGAGAAGCUCUUCCGUUCAUGCUUUGGUCGAGCAUUUACAGACAUCGACAAGCACCUCCUUGCUGAUGGUGUUAGUUGUUUGGCAGGGCUAGUGGCAGCAAGUAUUGAGCAUACAAACAGCGACACCAAGCUCUUCUUCCUGCCUCAAGCAAGCACUGUUCCUGGUCUCUCUGGCUCUGGUCUAGUGGAAACUUUGACGGGUUGGUUUCCCGAGUUAAGACGACUGGCUCCACAGAUGGGAAAAUACGCCCAUGCACCAUUUCAAGAAGCACGAGAUCGACUCGAUGAGGUUACUGCAGCAUUGUCAGCAGCCUGUAUGUGUAGUUUCUGUGGCAAUGCCUCGAGCACAUCUACCGAUUUCUGCAAACAUAGCCUCAUCAUUUAUGUUCUCAAUUUAGGACUCGAGAUUGCACGCACAGUCGUCAUCCCUAACCUGUUCCCUAAACGGUCUGGUAUCCUGUCUGCUUACCGUCGACAUCACGAACGUCGUAUGGAUUUCGUGAUUAACAACCGAAGACUAGAGAAGGCUGAAGACUUCAUGGACAGCAUGGCAUCAUUCAUGCCGACACCCAGAUCUUUGACCGAUGAAUGCUGUAACAUAUUCACAGGCUCGCGGCCUGGGCCCAGGCUGACUGAGGAGACCCUCGCUCUUUCGCAUGGCGGGAUUUUCGUCACCGUAACAGCUUGGAAUCCAUCCAUCAGGAGAUCAGAGGUACGACAACGAGCAGGAGUAGCGGUUUCUAGUGGCGCUUCCCAUUUUCAGAGCAGAAUAAUGCAUCAGGCUUUGUGGUCUCCAGGAGUGGGUCAACUGUCAUGCAGUGAAAGUCUGGAGGUGUUACGGACCAGACCAAAGGACGUCCAGAGGAUUGUGAAAAUGAAGGACGGGUAUCUUUAUUUUUCAUUCGUUUUCAUUGAUGCCAACAAGGAAGAAGAGGCAGAAAGAAAUGGUUGGACAUUCAUGUAG